ACCGGUCCUAUUUGCCAUUAGAGCCGGGUCUAUCAGUCCAUGUGAUAUUAUACAAAAAGUAAUCGAGAGCACACAGCGGGUGAUGCAAUCAAGACCGUCCAAAUUCACCUAAUUAAUCGACAAGAUUUAUCGCUAGGGUUUCUAUUCUCUCCGGACUCCGGCCAAACACUCCUCACAACACUUUCCACUCCCGCCGAUCAGAAAUGUUGCCGAGAUGGAGCAGAGCUGUUACUCAUCUUUGUAAAUCAGCUGGAAUUCGUAGUAAUAUUGAGAAUUCGAGGUAUCGAGAUUUCAGUGUUUUUUCAUGUCGAGGAUUCGCGAAGGUAGCUGAUGCACGGGUUAUUGAUGAUGGUGCUGAGGAUGCCUCUGCUGUUAGAUCACAGGUAAACCUGAAUAAGAUGUUCUGGUCCAAGCCCUGUUCAUUGGCUUUGCCCGCUGAUUCUCCAAUAAGAUUUGAAGAGCGAAAAUAUACGGGUAUCAAGCAUAUUAUGAUGAAGUUAAUGCUGGCCUAUAGUAAAGAAAGCAGGUCCAUUGAGCGUGCAAAUGUAAUUUACCGUCGGGUGGUUUAUCAUGUUGAUCCUCCUGCAAUAUACGAUGUAUUUAACUUGGAGAAAACCUUCAGAACAAACUUCUCUUUGCUUGUACUGCAUAUGUGGUUAAUCUUGCAUCGUCUGAAAGAAGAGGGAGACGAGGCUGCAGACUUGGCGCAGAACUUAUAUGAGAUUUACAAUCACGAUGUAGAGCUAAGGGUCUAUAAUGCCGGGGUUAACCUACUGCUAGCUCGAUGGAUGAAGGAGUUAGAGAAGAUAUUUUAUGGGAGCGUUGCUGCCUAUGAGGCUGCAUUAGUUCCAGAAGCAAAACAAGAUGAGUUGCAAAAUGCUUUAUUUAGGAAUGUCUUUGCAGAGGAAGGUGUGUCCAUAGAAGAUGCUUUACAUGAAGUUCAGGCUAUGUCAAGGUAUGUCCGUCGGGAAAUCGCUUGCAUGUCGUUAACAGAAAAAGAAGCUAUUCUAUCUGGCAAUUUUUUGUUCACCCAAUUUGAUAAUGUAGUUCCUUUGUCCGGGCAGCAUGGAGAAACUCACAACUGAACAUCCGAAGUUGCAACGUAGAAUGUAGGUGAAGUUGUUGCAUUGUUGAACACUGUAGACAUUAAAUAAGCAACUGUAUAGUCAUUGUCGCGGGACAAGUUUUUGCCUUCAUUUAUAGCAUGCAUUUUGCCUCGACUUCUUAAUAUUUCCAAUAUAUGUAACAACCUAGACAAAAAGGAAUGUUGAAAUCAGGAUUUUUUGUUUUAUUUAUAUCUAUAAUUGUGUUUACACGGAUA